UCUGUGAACAGCACCUGCCAUUCACAUAUAUUACAAGGAGAAUAGGGAACAGAAGUAGAUUGCCAGGCCUUUUUUCUAUGUCAGAUACUCCCACCCACAAGAGACUGUUUAGUUUAAUCUGCCAACUGUAUGCCCUUAGGAUGUGGGAGGAAAUUGGAGUACCUGCAGAAAACUGACACAGACAUUUUUAUUUCCAGUAAAUACUUCUUUAAACUGUGAUGAAAGGAUGACAAAGUGCGAAGAGAUUUAACAGAAGCAGGAGCUGGAUUUCAAAGUUCACGAUCAGGACUGAAAAUGCAGUAUGGCCACAGGCUGUAGAACGAGGUGGAACACUAGUCUGUAGAUGAAGCCUACAGUCUGAGACAGAAGAUUCUCUAGGAAAUAAAGUGAUGGAUCAUGGGAUUUUACCUUCAUUGAACAUUGAAGAACAGAAGUCCAGUACAGAUUUGUCAAUUAAUAACAUGAUGUUUAGAUUGAAGUUAGUGACGUGGAAUGUUGGUGUCGCUGCACCCCCUGAUGACCUCUCUGACCUUCUGGGUUGGAAAUCGGAGACGCAAGGAGUGGAUAUGUAUGUCAUUGGGCUACAAGAAGUGAACUCCAAGGUUCUGAACUUCAUUUCUGACAUGGCUUUUGAUGACCCAUGGAGUAACUUCCUGAUGGACGCACUUUCCCUUCUUGGUUAUGUUAAGAUCUCUUCUCUACGGAUGCAAGGGCUCCUUCUUUUGAUCUUUGUCAAAUACUGCCACAUCCCCUUUAUUCGAGACAUUAAAAGCAGCUACACUAGGUCAGGAUUGUAUGGAUACUGGGGGAACAAAGGGGGGGUUGCCAUCCGUUUGUCACUUUAUGGCCACAUGAUUUGUUUCUUGAACUGCCAUUUACCUGCACAUAUGGAGAACGCUAACCAGCGGCUGGACACAUUUGAGAAUAUUUUGGAGAUGCAGCAGUUUCCGGGAACAAAGUCACCAAGUAUUCUGGAUCACGAUGUUCUGUUCUGGUUUGGAGAUCUGAAUUUCCGGAUUGAAUCUCAUGGAAUACAUUUUAUACGGGAGGCUAUUGAUGGCAAGCGGUUGCAUUUGCUUUGGGAUAAAGAUCAGUUAAAUAUCGCUAAGAAAAAAGAAAAAUUCCUUGAGGGUUUUGAGGAGGGGUCACUGAACUUUAAACCCACGUAUAAGUUCGACCUGAAUUCUGACUUGUAUGAUACCAGAGCUCCGAAGAUAUUGCUUGGUUUUAAUGGUAAGAAACGUAAACCAGCCUGGACAGAUAGGAUUUUGUGGAGAAUAAAGAAUGUUUCUCAUUCUUCUGAAAAAGAUACGUUAGCAACAGAACAACCAAUCAAAGUAAUCUUAGAGAACUACAGUAGUCACAUGACAUACAGCAUUAGUGAUCACAAACCUCUCUCUGGAACAUUCACACUAGAGUACAAAAAGUUGGAUUGCAAACCGAUGGUCACAAUUCAGCCUGAGGGAGUGUGGAGUGCAGAUCAUGACGUAAUCGUCCGAUAUUCAACUGCAGAAGAGUUUCCCAGCAGUUCCUGGGACUGGAUUGGGCUCUACAAGGUUGGCUUUCGGAAUCCAAAUGACUAUAUGAUGUACUUGUGGGUGAAAGAUGAUGAAAUAGGGUUUGGUGAAGACUUUACUCAGGUCUAUAUCAGUGCUGAAGAGAUCCCUGUGCAGGGAGGGGAGUUUAUUCUCUGUUACUAUAGUAACAAAAUGCAGUCGAUAGCUGGAAUCAGCCAGCCCUUCCAAGUUCAGCAAUCCAAAACCUCCCAGAGGCUACAAACAACGCAUGAAAACUUCAGUACAGGAAAUAACACACCCAAUGACAUCAGUUCACAUGAAUACUUUUAAAUGUGGCAUGGAGCAGCAAACAUUGGCAUUUCCUGUGUCCCACUUGUACACUGGAGUAAGGCAGCAAGGCACUGACUGAUUUUAGAAUGUGUAUUUUUUAACCUGAAUGAUUUUAAGAUAAGCUAAGUAGGCCGGACAAUGGUACAUGAUUCUGUUUCCUUCAAGCUUGUAAACAGUUUCGAUGACUGCUAUAUAGUAGAGUACACCAGCUUACAUCUUGAAGUCAGAAAUAUAUUGUAUAGCUUUUAUUAUUUAUUAAUGGUUUGUGUGCAAAGUUUUACACCCUCUUAGUUUAUAGAAUCGAUAUUGUCAUUAGAUUUCAGGAGGCAGUUGAUGCCUGUGUUGUAGCAUUUUAUGAAGUGGCUCACUGUCACUUUACAGAAAAAAGUAAAAAUAGAAGAAAAUAAAGGAGCUGUUACGCACUCAUCAGAGGCAAACUUUUAUUAAAUCAUAGCUAGCGUUGCCAUCCCACUGUCUCAGAGGCAAGGCUUCUGUCUUUACUUCUAGUGUUCUGAGUAUGGAAAUGAGCUCUUUCUGCUGGUUUAACCAUAUGACAGGGAAAGGGAGAAGAAACCACUGGCUUACUUUUCUUUUCUGGCAAGGAGUUCAUAUUACUUGACCAAAGCAUGGCAAAAGCUGUACAACUUAGUAUAAUUAGCAUAGAAAGAUUUCUUGCUACAUCGUGUAGAAGGCUAGGGUGAACAUGCAAAAGCUGAUGCGCCUCUCUGCUGUUACCUGUGGUAUGCUUUUCACUCAAAUUAAGGUCGUUCAUCAGUAUUUCAUGUGGAUAGGGAUCUCAUGGGCUUCCUCAUCUUGCUAUCUCUGUGCCUUGCUCCCUGACCUUCAUCCAAGGCAAGUUUUAAGGAUCUCUCUGCUUAGGUAUUAGAACUCACCAGUGAAGUAGCACAUGUGGGCUGACUGGCAAACAGCAUUUGAUGGGACUAAGGGUUGCAGAUAAUGCUAAAAAGCGGAGAAUCUAGUGAUCUUCUGGUAUCUGUUGAGGGACUAGAUAAAAGAAUUGUACUGGUGUGUAUUAUGCAAAAUGAAUUUUCUUUAUCAAGUUAUGGGCUGUACAUUACCAGCUUUUGGAAGUGCAGCUUUUCUGCAUUGUUUUGCUACUCUGGUUUCCAUGCCUUGUGCUGUUUAGUGUGGAGUUUUGUUGGCUGCUGGUAAGGUUCUUCUACCUGUUACUCUCAUUUCUUACCAAAAGGUGUAAAGGCUAUGUAUGUGCAGACAUAGUGACAUACUAGCAGUAUUUGUCCAGUGAAGGUGUACCUGAACUGUAGUACCACUUGCAUACCCUUCUCACGAAUUAAUAACUGGAUGCAGUGACACAGUGAAACUCAAAUUCUGUACCAUCAGUAAUUGGAACCGCCUUUGUGUUCUAGAUGAAAUGCAACAUCAAGCUUCUUUGCUGUUAUAAAUUCAUGCAGAAGGUGUAUCCAAGUAUUACCGCAGCACUGAAUAGCCGUACUACUCAGUGUUUGAAUAGUAUAUUGUUUAGUAGUUUGUAGUGGAGCUUUUCUCCCCGGGCCUCCACUGAAAAUGGACAUAUAUCCAGUUGGACUAGCCCGGUAAACAAAUGUAAAAUAAAUAAAAUAAAAUAAAUAUGCAAUGAGUGGAAAGUGUAGAGUUCUCAUCUCUGCUAGUUACAGCUACUUCUCUAUCGAUGUUGAAGAAAACUGCUUCCUCCAAGAGACUUAAAUCUCAGCUAUAUCCUUGUAUGAAGUCCAGAAUCAGCCCACACUAUCAUUGGUACUCUUUGUCAUUUCUUCUGCAAAAGUAAGGCAUACUGACCAUCUUACAGGUCUCAUUUCACCUUCCAGGCACAUAAUAUGCCUUCUAUAUUAAUACAGAUUUCUUCCUGAUGCUAUUUUAGUUGCAUGUAUGUAUGCAACCAAAAGGAGUCAGCCAUGUUAAAGGCAUCAUAUCUCCAACAGGCUGCCAGUGCAAAUUCAAAUGUGUUUGAAAAUAAAGAUGGCCAUUUUUAAGUUGCCCUCCCCCUUUUUCCAAUCACUUUUGUCACUAUCCUCCUCUAAGGUGCUCUUGUGAGAUAGUCAAUGUGGUAAGUGGCGGGGGGGGGCACACCCAAAAACAUAUAGAAAGCUGGUCUACGAUCAAAAGAGUUUGCAUGCCAGUUAUGGGCACAGUGGGUUUCAGGAUGUCAGCAUUGAGCAGUUCAGAUUAUGUCAUUUAGGAGAGGGACUGGAAAAGGGAAACUUCUUCAAAGUCCCUAAAACAGUUAAUUUUUUUCUUUCUUAUCCAUUUUGGGAUUUACUUACGAUAUUUUGUUGGAUAAUGUGUUCAUCUAAUUUAUGAUAAACAUUUUUCCCCUGAUGCAGAUCAAUAUUCUCAAUUUUUUAUUUCCAAAGUUUUACGUUGUUAGCCGAUAUUAACAUAAUUAAAGAUGUUGCACUUCAUUUUAAAUAGUUUUUGUAUAACUGCAUCAAGCAACAUUUUGAGUUUUGUUGAUCUCUGACUUAAUUAUCAGUACUGUUACCUUAAAUGCUGAAUAAUAAUAAUAUUAGAUACAGUAUAUUAUUACUUAUUGCUUGCAGUGCUUGCCCAGCACUUUUAUAAACUGCCGUCUUCUGGUAAUACUUCUGUAGUGGAAACCAGUGAUGUUUUUUUGUUUUAUUUAUUUAUUCAUUUUAUAUGAGGGACUGCAUUCCCAUGACUUCUUCCCAUUUUGAAUUUCUGAUGUACAAUCAUCCCUACCACUUUUCUCCCCUGUAAAUUGCAGCUAAUUGAGGGCAUAUGCCAGGGACCUCCUGUUAUUCUGCCGUGAAGUACACUGCCAUCACAAAGUUCUAGUUCCUCAAACAAAUUUUAUGUGCGGGUAAGUCUUCCAGCAUCUGCUGUGGGUGCUUCCUGUAUAGAGACACCUCCAGGUCACUGACACUUCAUUCAGUUACCUUGCUCCCACACCAUAGGGACCGAACCAGCCAGGACAUAUUUUGUGCUGUUUGUUUGUAUAUGUGCGCAUAUAUAUAUAUAUAUAUAUAUAUAUAU